GUUUUGUCGAUUAUGUGAUCACGUUUUCGCUUGAAUACAGGCUCGAGCGAAAGCUUCGCUCCAGCCCUUCUUGCGGUCGCAAGCCCUGCUCUGCUUCUCGUGAAAAGUACAACCACAAGUUCAGUACACAGUCUGCCGUGCUUUUUCGCUUGAACCACCAUCACAACAUUCUUGUUGAAAGGCAUACCAGAAUGAGUGACCUGCCUUUCGUUUACGGGACCGCGUGGAAGAAUGAUGAAACGGCCUGUCUCGUGUCUCAAGCAUUAGAUGCUGGAUUCAUUGCUUUCGACACCGCGGCCCAGCCAAAGAACUAUCGUGAGGACAUGGUCGGCCAGGCUCUACGGGCUCAUUGCGGUAACGACACGUCAAAGAGAGAAUCGCUUUUUAUACAGACCAAAUUUACUCCCUCUUGGAGUCAAGACCUUGAUUCGAUACCAUAUAAUGCCGCUGGAACGCUCGAGGAUCAAGUACGGGAUUCAAUCCAGCGCUCGCUCUGGAACCUCCGGUUUUCUGUCGAUCAGGACGAUUCUAGAAACUAUAUUGAUGCGGUGCUACUCCAUACGCCCCUUAAGAGUAUUGACGAUACUUUGAGAGCAUGGCAAGUUCUCGAGGAAUUCGUGCCACGAAAGAUAAAGCAACUCGGUAUCGCCAAUACCAACUUGACAGUGCUCAAAUUUCUCUGGACAAAGGCAACCACCAAGCCCGGAAUCGUUCAAAAUCCCUUCCACGCGAAGUCCGGUUACGACAUGGAUAUCCGCAGUUUCUGCCGGAAGACUGGGGUUAUGUAUCAGUCAUUCUUGACUCUGACUGCGAAUGAGCAUCUGCUGAUUUCUCCGCCGGUAAUCGAGGUGGCACUCGCUACCCAGGCUUCUCCAGAAUCGGCACUGUAUGCUCUGACAAUGGCUCUGGGCGUUAUCGUGUUGAAUGGCACGAAAUCCAAAUCCCACAUGCUGUCAGAUCUACAAGAGGUUGCUCGCAUCAUGUCCUGGAUGAGAGCUAAAAAAUCGGAAAAUGACCAUGUCAUGCUGAGGUUUGGGAAGUUCCUUGAACCUGAGUCUGAACAGGAGGAUGGAAGCUCAAGGCCUCUACCGCCGACAGCCUGAAGAUUGUAAUCAUUUCACUUUUGAUCUGCAUACUACUCAAUAUCCAUGCACUCAUGUUCAGCCCUUAAUUGUUCCUUUGCUCGUGGUUUUGUUCGUGGCCUACUUUAACACGAUGCAGGCAUUCCCACACACAUGUGAGCAUGCAAGCUCCUACAAGGCUCUCGAUACUGAUUUGCAGCCUUUAUGGUUGAUGAAGACAAUCUGAGC